AUUUAGCAGCUGUAGCAGUCAGUGGCACUGUGGGUAUACUUAAACAAUGAAAAAUAAUGAAAGAAGAAAGGAAUAUGACCAACAGGAUCAACACUGUGACAGAAAUCAGGAUAUGUGUUCAAGCACAGAUGGAGUUAAAGGCACAGCCUUACAGAGAAAAGUCGGCCUCAUCAGUGGUAUUUGUCUGAUUGUUGGAACAAUGAUUGGCUCAGGAAUCUUCAUUUCACCCAAAGCAGUGCUUUUCCAUACAGGAGCAGUUGGUCCUUGUCUGUGCAUCUGGGUUUUAUGCGGAAUUGUGUCUACUUUCGGCGCAUUAUGCUAUGCCGAGUUGGGUACCAUGAUCACAAAAUCUGGUGGAGAUUAUUCAUAUCUGCUAGAGGCUUUUGGCCCAGUUCCUGCUUUUUUGUAUGCCUGGACAUCUGUUGUUGUUUUAAAACCAGCAUCUUGUGCCAUUAUCUGCUUAAGUUUUGCAGAAUAUUCAGCUGCACCAUUCUACCCCAGCUGUGAACCACCAGUUUUCAUCAUAAAAUGUUUAGCAAUUGCUGCUUUCUGUUUCUUUAUCCUCAGCUUCCUCUGCACAGCUGCAAGGAGCAUCACGUGUAUGCGGCAUGGUCAGCAAGUUCCCCAGUUAUUCGUGGAGCAAAACGCACUCAUGCACACAUGCUCCCAAUUCGAGCAUGUGCUUUCUCAGGUUUUGCUGGUGAUUAUAAAUUCACUGAGUGUCAAGAUGGCCAGUAAUGUUCAAAUCCUCUUCACGGGCGCUAAGCUUUUGAUUGUUGUCAUCAUUGCCAUAGUUGGAGUUUUUCUACUUGCAAAAGGAAAUACACAAAAUUUCUCAAAUGCUUUUCAUGGAAGCAAGACCUCCUUUGGAGCUUAUAGCUUGGCCUGUUAUAAUGGACUCUGGGCAUAUGAUGGCUGGAAUCAGCUGAAUUAUAUCACAGAAGAGCUAAAAAAUCCGUACAGGAAUCUUCCUCUUGCCAUUAUAAUUGGUAUUCCUUUAGUGACUGUCAGCUACGUUAUGGUCAAUAUUGCCUACUUCACAGUAAUGACGCCAGUGGAAUUGCUGCAAUCCCCUGCUGUUGCAAUGACUUUUGGAGACAGAGUUCUGCAUCCACUGUCCUGGAUAGUUCCAGUUUUUGUUUCCUUUUCAACAUUUGGAGCUGCAAAUGGCUGCUGUUUUACUGCUGGAAGGCUUAUACUUGUGGCUGGAAGAGAAGGUCAUAUGAUCAAAAUCUUGUCCUACAUUAAUGUAAAAAGACUUACACCAUCUCCAGCCAUUAUAUUCAAUGGAAUUAUCAGCAUUAUUUACAUGAUACCUGCAGAUAUUGAAACACUCAUCAACUAUUUCAGUUUUGCUGUAUGGCUAUCUUAUGGUGCCACAGUGCUGUCUUUAAUUGUUAUGAGAUUUACUAGAAAAGACAUGAAGAGACCAGUAAAGAUACCUAUAAUGAUUCCAAUUGUGGUUCUUUUGAUGUCAAUCUACUUGGUUUUUGCCCCCAUUAUUGAUGCACCGGCAUGGGAGUAUCUUUACUGCAUGAUCUUCAUUAUGAGUGGACUCCUCUUAUAUGUGCCCUUUGUUUACUACCGUUUCAACUGGGCUGAAAGGAUAAUACAACCACUAACACUGCAUCUCCAGCUGCUAAUGGAAAUUGUUCCUGUAGAAAAUAAAGAGGAAUAGGCACAGUUUUUGAAAACAAACUGGUAUUCUUAAAAGGCCAUGAUGAAAUAAGGAAGAACCAAUAUUAAAACUAAGAUUGUUAUGAAUUUAGGAAUAUUUUUUGAUUUUUAAGGUGUGUUAUAAUCUGUGUAUAUAUUAGUUUGUGCAAUAAAUCACUCUUUAGAAGACUUUUUCAAUUUCAUUUAGAUUCACCUAUAUUGUGUUAAUACUAGCCAUAUUUUAAAAAGAACUUAUUAUGAAUGACUAUGAUGAUCUUUUUCAUUGUAUACCUUUGUAGUAAUAGAGAAUACUGUCUUAGGAAAAAUGAAACAAUCAGCUUAAUUUCUGUCCUUUCCAUAAUUUGACCUAAAAUAGACUCUUGUUUUCUGAGUGCAGUUUUGGUGUUUUUCCACUGGGUCUGGCCUGUUUAGUCUUGAAAACAUUGUCACCAUCACAGUCUUAUAGCUAAGAGGACAGCUACUUAAGUAUUAACCUGUAGCACACUCCAUGCAUGGGUAUUUCUGUUCCUAAGACUUUUUUUCUCUGUAUGGCAUGCUGCAAAAUGGUUCUGAUAUAAAGAAAUUAAUGUAUUUUAUAUAAACGUAUUUAAAAAAACUAAUUCAAAAUUUAUUUGUGUAGUCUCUUUUGUAACCAUGAGUAGUAAUCA